UACGCUAAAGUAACCUUCUUUUCUCUCUCUCUAAUUCUGUCCGUCCAUCGCCCAAACCCACAACAACAAACCCAACCCAAAGCAGCUUCUGACGCAGAGCACCAAACCCAUGGCCGAUACUUCAUUGGUCAACUCAAACAAUAUGCAUUCACCCAAACAAAGAUUAGUUUAGAAUAUUCCCUGAUUUGUGCCAAAACAAAUUUCCGAAAAUCUCAGAUCUGCGUGGUUUCUGAAUUUGGGCGUUUUUACGAUGAUUGAUUGUCUGUGUUGAAUGUAUCGUAUCUUCUUUUUUAUUUUUUUUGAAGGGGUACGAACUCGGUCUAUACGCGGAUCGGAUGAUGUGAGUACAAUCUCGAAAACCAUAUAGAAAGACCCAUUGGAAGGAGCUUGAGAGUUUGUUGGGGGUGGGGGGGGAGGCGACGACGAUGGAUGUGGACGAUUUCCGGGUUGUUCUGGAGAGCUGUGGCGUGGACGUGUGGACGUUCAUAGAGACGGCGAUAGCGGUGGCGGCUGCGGACUACGGCGCCGAGCUGAAGCGCCGGAGGGACGGGAUCGUGGAGCGGCUCUACGCGGGGACGUCUUCGUCUUCGUCGGCGGCGGCGGAGCAGCCUCGAUGCCGGAACUGCGACGACGUGGAUGAUCUGAGGCCGGAUAAUUGUCUUGAUGACGUCAAGGCGGCUGCGGAGAAAGGAGGGUCUCCCGGGACGCCGCAGUCGGUGGAGAGAGAGGACGGCGAGGAGUUGGAUCCGUACGCUGGUCUGUUCGACGACGAGCAGAAGAAGAUCCUGGACAUCAAGGAGCACCUUGAAGAUCCUCACCAGUCUGAGGAUUCUUUGGUUGAUUUGCUUCAAACUCUAGCAGACAUGGAUAUAACAUUUCAAGCUCUCAAGGAGACUGAUAUAGGAAGGCAUGUGAAUCGAUUCCGAAAGCAUCAAUCGCAGGAUGUCCGGAGAUUGGUGAAGCUACUAGUCAGGAAGUGGAAGGAUAUUGUGGAUGAAUGGGUGAAGUUGAAUCCACCUGGGGGACGGACAUCCUCUGCUGUAAUGGCUGAUGGAGACUCGCCCCAGCAGAAAAUUCCUCAAAACGGUCAUCAGCAGGUUCCUGAUUUUGGAUACUCCCCAAAUCCACACAAUGGGAGUUCUGGGUCAGACAGGAAUAAUUCAGAAUCCGAGCCAAAGCCGAAAGCGAUUCCUCGAAAAGAAGCUCCUCCUAGACCAGCUCAAUCAACACCUGUAUCUGCUGCCUCUGCACACCAAAAUAGACAAAGAGAACAGAAGGAUUUUGACUCUGAUAAAAAACUGGCUUCAGCAAGAAAACGGCUUCAAGAGAAUUACAAAGAAGCUGAGAAUGCCAAAAGGCAAAGAACGAUUCAGGUGAUGGACAUCCAUGAGAUACCAAAACCCAAGAAUACCUUCUUUGCGAAGAACAAAGGUGGUGGUGGUAGUGUUGGUGGUGGUGGUGGUUCUCACGGGAGGCACUGGUGAAUCAAUUACGGCAAAUCAUACAUACAAAGGUUACAUGAGGGAGGCCUGAAAUUCCCAAACCGGUUUUGCCUCUUGGAUUGUUUUUUCAAGUUAAGGAAGACAAAAACAAUAACACUUUUUUUUUUCUUCUUCCCCUAAUUACUUAAUUAAUAACAAAAAUCAAAAUCGCUUAUUUUGGAA